AUGCGUCUGUCUCUGAUAGCAUUGACCACCUCCUUGGCCGUUGCAGCUAUUUCUGCUCCGGUGAUGAAGCGCAACGAAGAUGCGGAGGAUUUGGGUGUCGGCCUUGGAGUUGUCAUUGACAAGCGCAAUGAAGAUGCGGAGGAUUUGGGUGUCGGCCUUGGAGUUGUCAUUGACAAGCGCAAUGAAGAUGCGGAGGAUUUGGGUGUCGGCCUUGGAGUUGUCAUUGACAAGCGCAAUGAAGAUGCGGAGGAUUUGGGUGUUGGCCUUGGAGUUGGUAUCAAUUGA